GUGACGUCAGACGGCUAUUUGCAUACGGCGCAGUAUUUAUACAGCGAUGCACGCUGCUCUCAUCACUCCGCUCCUGUGCCCACGAGACGCGCAUCGCUUCGUCACUACAGCGCAAAACCAGAACCUUCUGCAGAAAUGGCUGACAAACCUGACGUCUCGGAAGUCGCCAACUUCGACAAGACCAAGCUGAAGAAGACCGAAACCCAGGAGAAAAACACCCUGCCUACCAAAGAAACCAUCGACCAGGAGAAGACUUCAUAAUGAAGCGCUGUGCAUUGUACAUUCCACAAGCCUUACUACUCUUCUGUCACUCUGUGUAUUCCAACUGCGGUACUUAAAAACAUGUCUGCCAAGCCGCUCGGCCGAUGACCCUCUGCACAGUGAGGGAGUGUGGCUUGUCGGCAUGGGUUCCUGCUAAUCUGUUGCUGUGGAUGCAUCUUCACGUGUGGUGUUUGGGGGACGUGUCAUGGAACACCUGUGGUGGUGGGGGGACGACUUGCCCAAUCAUUUGUAAACCGUCUGGCCACUGUGUGCAUGCUCUCAUGGCGAGCAGUGUCUUUUUGUAAGAAUCUGGAAUGCACAAGCUUGUUAAAUACGCAGAAUAAAAAUGUAUACUGA